UGGGCACCGCCGAUCAGUGGAAGUGGUUGGGUGAAAUUAAUACGGUAACACAUUGCCUUGUACAAAGCUCACCAACUUUCCUAAUUUUUGUGUACCCUAUUCGUUUCCUUAUUUAUAACCCCCAAGUUAAUUCCACCCAAAUUGACCACAAACUAAAAAAGCUAAGGCUCCGGAGGAAAGAAAUAUGGGAAGAGGCAGUGCAGUCGGUAGCGCCCUCGUUGUUGCUGCUGUUAUCGGGUUGGUUAUGAUGUCUCAGUUGGAGAGCGUGGAGGCAGCCGUUUACACUGUCGGCGACGCCGGUGGAUGGACUUUUAAUGUCCAAGGUUGGCCCAACGGCAAACACUUUCGUGCUGGCGAUACUCUCAAGUUCAAUUACGACCGGACAAUUCAUAACGUGGUGGUGGUGAACCAAGGUGGGUACACGAGCUGCCGGACUCCGGCGGGAGCGAAAGUUUUCACCUCCGGUAGCGACCAGAUAAAGCUGGCGAAGGGAAUGAACUAUUUCAUCUGCAACUUCCCCGGCCACUGUGAAUCCGGCAUGAAGAUUGCCGUGAAUGCUCUCUAAAUCUGUACCCCCUUUUAAAAACUUUAUUUACCGCUGUUAAAAUAAAAUAACCGUCCGUAAUUUAUACAGUGGGAGUGUUUGCUUUGUAGUUCAAAUGUCAUUUCCUUGUCGGGAGCUUAUAUAGUUUAUCCAAUCAUAUCAAUGCUUUUCUUUAUU